CAUGAGCCGUAAAUCUUAUUUAAUAUGAUUAAUUAAUAAGAGAGUCUGUCAGACACUUGAUGUUCAUCUAUUAUUAGUCCUGUUAAACCUCCUGCAGAAAACCACAGAGCUGCAUGUGUGUGUGUGUGUGUGUGUGUGUCAGUGAGUGUCUCUUCCUGUGUGUAUUUUUAGGAGUAAUAAGGAGGUUCUUAUGUUUGUACAUGUAGGUGCAGGUGUGUGUGUGUGUGUGUGUGUGUGUGUGUGUGUGUGUGUGUGUGUGUGUGUGUGUGUGUGUGUUUGUCUCUUCCUGUGUGUAUUUCUGGAAGGCAGUGAGGAAUGGGUUCAUGUGAGGAUACAUGUGUGUUUACUAAUAGGCCUCUAAAACAUGAGAUUUCUGCCUCUAAUGCUUUUAAAAUGUAAGUAUUUAAUAUUUGUGUUGUGUUGUAAGUAACACAAUUCUUUAUGAUCCAAAGGAAAUGAGGAUUCAGUCUGUUUGUAAUGAUGAACAUGUUUCUGACUGUUCUGCUCCUUUAACAGGGAGUCUCAUCUCUGAAGAACUGCAUUCUGGGUAUGAAGAUGCUGAUGAGCUUCUCUCAGAAAAAGAGUUCAAGACUGUAUAUUAUGAUGAUGUCACCAACGGCAGUGGCCUGAAAGAAGAGAUGAAGGAAAUCACACCGGGAGAAUAUGAUGAUGUCAUCACUGAUGGACUGAAACCAGAUCGUGAAACAGUGGAGGCACCAGAGAGUUAUGACGAUGUCAUCAUUAAUGGACAGAGCUCUCAAGGGGUAACAGAAGGAGUUCAGGAGGAGUAUGAUGACGUGAUGAGUGUCACUGAAGAUAUGAGAAACCUGUCAGAGGGAGAUCAGGAGGAGUAUGAUGAUGUGAAGAACAGCAGUGAAGAUGAGAGAAACCUGUUGGACUAUGAUGAUGUGGGGGAGGAGUCAAAUAAAGAGGGAGGGGCCAUAUGACUCACUGACCACACCCACUGCCUCUGAUCAUCAAAUCAUAUUACAGUUACUGGAGAUACUGUUUUUUUUUUUUUAUUUUGCUACUAAAGAUUCAGUGCCUUUUGUUUUUAUGUUAUUUUAAAUAUUUUUAAAUGAAAGGUUACAUGCUGUGCAAAAUUCAGUAACAAAUGUUAGUAUUUGUAUUUUAGUAUUUGGGCUAUUUUUUUAUUUUGAUAACAUGCUUUUCACCAAUAAAAAAAUAACAUUCAUUCAUCAUGUCACAAAAAUAUUUUUUAGAAGAGUUAUCGUGUUUUCCCAUAAAUUUACUACCAGCAUUAGUUCUUGUGCUUCAUUGGACAUGGAUAAAACAGCAUUAGAGAAUUACAUUACGUCUCUAAACACAUCAUUCACAUCUUAUCAUCACUGCUGACGUCAUCAGUAAGCAGACCGUGUUGGGAAUUACAGCUCUUACCUUAACAACAAAACAGAAGUAUUUUACUCUUCCAGGUCUAUGCUUACAAAAAAAAAAAAAAAAGUUGGUAUAAACGAGUUUAAUUAAAUCCAGUAAACGAGUGAAGUUUGUGGCGAGCGACCGUUACUCUGGUUUAAAUGUUCUGCUGAGAGUGUUGGGAUGGUUGUUGUUGCAGCACGGACUGUAUUCAGUGUGACACCAGUCGUCUUAUGUUGUUUAUAUCUGAUAGUACAGGCCGGGUUUGUUGUGUUUAAUAAAGUAAGUGUAAGCAACUAGAUUGGCGUUAACCGUCUAUUCUAUUUAUAAUAGAGGAUAGAAUGAAACAUGGUGGCAGCGGUGCUUUGUGAAAAGUAAAAGCACAGAGAUUAGUAGACACGACCCAAGACACCGGCUGGGUAUGAUAGAGAGAGCGGAGAGCUCAGGCGCAGCGCGGAUGGAGAAUGCCCUGGGACUGAGACUGCCAAUAGCCCUUUGCCUAGACUCAACUAAUCUGGCGAAAUUGUGGAAAGAAGAGUUCACGCUGUAUAUGGAUCUUACUUUGGCGGACGCUGGCGAAGCCGUGAAGCUGAAAGUUUUCAGUUAUCUCAUUGGAGAGUCGGGAAGAGAGCUGUGCGAGACCCUGAUCCCCACCUCGUCACCAGAUCGGACAGUAAGCAGAUUAAUAAGUGCACUGGAUUUUGUCAGAAAUCAGGGCUCUGAUGAGAACAUUGACAAAAUAUGUAACGGACUUAAGAAUGCUCGCCAGUACGUGCAAUUUCGGCCAGAUCAAAGACUCUUUGAUCCGCGAUAGAAUUGUUUGCGGCAUAUCCAGCUCUGUUUUGAGAGAGAGACUUUUAAGGGAGCAGGAUUUGACUUUGGAAAAAUGUGUGCAAAUCUGCAGGACAACAGAGCUGUCGCGGAAAAACAACAGAACGAUUGAAGGACGACUGACAGCAAGUGCACGCUGUAAAACAAGCUGUGAGAAAAGAUAAAAGAGCACUGUAUACUGCAAGUUCUGCGGGAAAAUGCAUGAGAGAAAUAAACAGAAAUGUCCUGCAUAUGGGAAGAAAUGCAAAAAAUGUGGAAAAGACAAUCAUUUUGCCGUAAUGUGCGUAUAAAAUAGAAGCAGAGCCCACAGUAACUCCAGUGAAACUGCCAAAGAGACGGGUCCCUGUGGCGAUGAUGGAGUGAUCUUCAAUGAAGAGGGAUCAUCACACCAGUAGACUGUAGCACAGAGUGGAUUAGCAGUCUUGUUAUUGUUAAGAAGCCAUCAGGAAACCUCAGGAUAUACAUAGAUCCAAGACCACUCAACAGAGCUCUGAGAAGAUGCCACUUUCUUCUGCCGACAAUAGACGAAAUACUGCCAGACUUGUCGACGGCAAAAGUUUUCACUGUGUGUGACGUCAAAAAUGGAUUUUGGCAUGUGACCCUGGAUGAGGAAUCGAGUUACAUGACCACAUUCGCCACACCGUAUGGCAGAUACAGAUGGCUGAGGAUGCCGAUGGCAUCAGCCCCGCACCAGAGGUGUUUCAAAGAAAACUCAGUCAAGCUCUGGAAGGAUUGUGAGGUAUAUAUGUCAUAGCUGCUGACAUCCUCAUCACAGGAGAGGGCGAGACAUUAGAAUUAGCAAAACAAGACCAUGACAACAAACUGAGAGCACUGUUGAAUAGAUGUAGAGAAAAGAACAUCAAACUGAUUGCAGAGAAGGUCAAGUGAUCAUUUCUUUUGUUGGUCCCAGAUGGGCUCAUAAUAGGAUGCAUGUUUUCGGACAUUCUUCACCUAGUGUCGGACAGACGGCUCUCAGGGUCCUCGCAAGAACCACUUGUCUUACCGCAGACGGGCUCAGAGUGGAUCCUGAGAAGGCACGAGCGGUCAGAGACAUGCCACGUCCAACAGAUGUCAAAGGUGUCCAAAAGCUCCUGGGCAUGGUAAACUAUCUCUCGAAAUUCUGUGACCACCUGUCAGAUGGCUGAGAGAUACUGAGGCAGCUAACUCAUAAAGACAGCAUCUGGAAAUGGUCAGAUGCGCAUGAGCAAGCAUUCACACGGCUCAAAGAUGCCAUCACCAAAGCCCCAAUUCUCAAAUAUUACAACCCAGAUGAACCACUGACACUUCAGCGUGAUGCGUCAGAGACUGGGUUAGGGGCGCUUUACUUCAGGAGGGGCGCGCCAGUUGCUUAUGGAAGUCGGGCAUUGACUCAGACAGAGAAGGGUUAUGCCCAGAUAGAGAAAGAAUGUUUGGCCAUUGUCUUCAGUAUGGAAAAAUAUGGGCGCAAAGUAACUGUACACUCUGACCAUAAGCCACUGGAAAACAUAGUAAGAAAAUCCCUGCUGAAUACCCCAGAACGCCUGCAAAGACUACAGAGAUAUGACAUUGAAGUCAAUUAUAUCCCAGGGAAGGACAUGUUGCUAGCUGACACGCUGAGCCGCUCAUACUUACCUGAACAUGCAUCAGAGAGUUCAGUAGAAAUGGAGAUUGAAAACAUAAACAUGGUCCAGCAUGUACAUAUAGCAGAAGAAAGACUCCAGGCCAUCAGAGAGGAAACAAGUAAAGACAGAAAAUUGCAAACACUGAUCAGAUUCAUCCAGGAAGGUUGGCCAAUGAACAAAAAGACUUGCCAAAUGACAUUACCACUUAUUUCAGGAGGAACUGAGUGUGCAGAGUGAAAUUGUCUUCAGGGCGGAGAGAGUUGUAAUCCCCGACGCACUCAGAGGUGACGUUGUUCAGCACAUUCACUCCUCACAUUUGGGCAUAGAGGGAUUCCUAAGAAGGGCAAGAGAAUGUGUUUAUUGGUUGGGGAUGAAUGAUCAGAUAAAGACAUUCAUAGAAAAAUGUGACAUCUGCAGAUCUAUGGAUGUGAAACAGCAGAAGGAGACUCUGUGGUCUCACAAACUAUCAAGUAACCCAUGGUCUAAGGUGGGGACAGAUAUAUUCACUUUAGACAACAGAAACUACCUGAUCACUGUUGAUUACCUCUCUAAUUUCUGGGAGCUGGACUACUUACCUGACACACGAUCCACCACUGUCAUCCAUAAGCUGAAAGCCCAUUUCGCAAGACACGGUAUCCCAGAUGUUGUUAUCUCGGAUAACGGCCCACAAUACGCAUCAGAAGAUUUCAAAAGGUUCAGUAGACAGUGGGAAUUUAAACACAAGACAUCCUCACCGGCCUACCCACAAAGCAACGGGAUGGUAGAAUCAGCGGUAAAGACUGCAAAACGGCUGUUGAAAAAAGCAAAAGCUGAUGGGAAGGAUCCAUACCUCGCCAUGCUUGAUCAGAGAAACACACCAUCGCAAGGGAUCAAAGCAAGCCCAGCACAGCGGUUGUUCAGUAGAAGAACCAGAACUCUGAUGCCCAUGCAUGACAACCUGCUACAACCAAAGGUAAUUCACACUCGACAAGAACAGAUUGAAAACAAGAACCGUCAGGCUGCAUAUUAUAACAGACAUGCAAAAGAUCUAGAUCCUCUAAAACAAGGAGACAGAGUCCGUGUCCAGCCAGAGGAACAUAACAAAACAUGGAGAAAAGCGACAGUUGUGAAACCUGUGGACUAAAGGUCUUAUGACGUCCAGCUCGACUCAGGGAACAUUCUGAGGAGAAACCGCCGACACCUCAGGAGGGACAGAACCACAGUAGUGGAAAACAGAGACUUGUCAGCCUGCAGAGGUGAAGAGACAGUGUGACAGGCUCAAAACCAAGCACAGACAAUCCUGUUGUUUCUAUUACAAAGUCUGGAAGAAAAGUGAUUAGACCUCACUACCUUAAAGACUAUGUACAGUAACCCUCUAAUACUUACCUCCAUGCUCCGGGAAAUUUAGUUGGUGUAUUUGUUCAAAAAAAAAAAAAAAGGAGGAAAAGAUAAACAGUAAAGACAACAUUUUAUUUUGUUAUAAGAUUAAUUGAAGGGAAUAUGUAUUAGAAUGCAUUAAGGAGACAUAACAAAUACCGUCUUAUAGUUCUGAGUUAGAAAAAAAAAAAAAGAGAGAGAGAGAGAAAGGAUGUUGGGAUGGUUGUUGUUGCAGCACGGACUGUAUUCAGUGUGACACCAGUCGUCUUAUGUUGUUUAUAUCUGAUAGUACAGGCCGGGUUUGUUGUGUUUAAUAAAGUAAGUGUACGCAACUAGAUAA